AUGAAAUUUACUAUUACAAGACAGUUUUCAUUUAAUAAUGAAAAAUAUGAAAUUAUUAGUGAUUCAAAAUCGAUUUGUACGGUUAAAGCAACACCAUCGAAUGAAUACGAAGGUCAAUUUAAUUUUAAACUAUCAAAUCCAUUUAGUAAACAUAUCGGAGAAGAUUAUUGUCUUGUUGAACCUGAUGAAAAUCAAACGCAAAAUUAUUUAAUUUAUUUAAAAAAUGAUCAAACAAAUACAAAAAAUUUAUUUGGUCAAUUACUUUAUCAAACAUGUAGUUAUAAUAAUUAUCUUUAUACGAUAAUAAUUGAACAAAAAUUGUAUAAAGUACGAAGUGCUGAUUUAAAAGAUCGUCGUCUAUCUAUGGUCGAUGUAAUGCAAGUAAAUAGUUCUUCGAAUGGACAACAAUACCCAGCACUUGAUUAUCCAGAACUAUUAUAUCAAGUUACGGAUUCAUUUACAAAAUCAAAUAAAAAAUAUCAUGUCAAUAUUCAUAAUAAAGAAUGGGCACUUGGAUAUCUUGCUAUUACUAUUUUACUUGAUCUUCAUGAAUGAGCUACACCUAGCAGACAAUAUCUUUAUAUUCAUCUUAUCUUGCAAACUAGACGCAAAGACUCUUUAGAAAUAAAAUGGUUUGUUCUAAUAAUUUUAUCGAUAAAUUUUGUAUCGAUCAGUGGAAAAACAUUUUUUGUUUCGGAUUAUAAUGCUUAUCCAAAUGAUGAUCUUGAUGACACGCAUGGAAUUCAAUUAGCUAUUAAUGAAGCAAUUAAAUAUGGUUUAGUUAGCGAUAUUAUCUUUGGAUAUGGUGUAUAUACAAUAUCAUCAACAAUAACAGUAUCUAAUGCAAUUAAUUUAACAAUAACAGGACAGGGAAUGGAUGAAACAUUUUUAAUUGGUUCUUAUCAAAUAACGAUAUUUAAUGCAUAUAAUUGUCAAGGACUAAAAUUGACAUCCUUUUCUAUUGACUAUAAUCCACUUCCAUUUACAGCUGGAUAUAUAGUUGAUGUAAAUGAUAAAUAUCUUGAUCUUCAAGUUGUUCCACCUCAUCAAACAGAUAUCGAUCGAAAAAUAGGAACAAUUCUUCGAUAUGAUCCCAUACAAAAAAGGCCAGCUUUUGGUUCAAAUACUUAUGAAAUUUAUCAAACACCUCCUGCAGACGCUAAUACAACUAUUGUGUCACCUGGUGUAUUACGUUUGCCAUUAACAUCACCUACAGGAUUUCGUAAAGGAGAUCCUAUUGUUGCUCGUUAUACUUUUGGAUAUCAUGCUAUAUAUGGUCAAGAUUUAGUCGAUAUUACUAUUGACUCGAUUACUAUUUAUACAUCAUGGCUUAUGGGUGUUGCCACAAUAAGAUCAAGACGUUUGAAAAUACAUAAUUAUCAUGUUCUACCGCAUCCUGGACGUUGGAUGAGUACAGCUGCAGAUUGUAUGCAUUUUCUUGAUACGAGAGAAUCUAUUUCUAUAUCUGAUAGUGAAUGUCAAGCAAUGGGUGAUGAUGGUUUAAAUGUGCAUGCAAUGUUUUUUCAAGUAACCCAAGUAAUUGAUGCAACUACUGUAGUCAUUGAAGAAAGCAAUUGGGAUGAACCACUUAAUUUCGGAAUUGGUACAAAUUUAGAAUUUAGUGCUAAUCAACAACCGUUUUCUAUUCAUGGCAAUGGAACAGUUGCAUCAAUUGUAUUUAAUUCAACUUAUUCAAGAAAAAUAACAUUCACGAAUUCCGUUAAUACAAGUGUUGGUGAUUGGGCUUGUGUUUCUGAUACUCCAGUACUUACUAUUCGAAAUUUUACUGUUGCAAAUAAUCGUGCUCGUGGUGUUUUAUUAGAAACACGUAAUAUUGAUAUAAGACAAUCAGUAUUCUAUCGAACAAGUGGACCAGCAGUUCUUAUUCAACCAUCAAUGUAUUGGCGUGAAGGUCCUGAAGCUCGAAAUGUGUCAUUAAUUGAAAAUUUAUAUAUUGAAAAUAAUGAAGGUAUUGCACAAGAAAAAGGUAUUAUAACUAUUUUACCAGAUCCAAUUCAUUUAUUUCCUGUAAUUAAUGAUAUUCGAAUAGAAUCAUCAACAUUUGUUCUUGGAAAUUCAAGUCAAGGAAUUUUACAGAGUAAUAAUAUGAAUAAUUUAUUUCUAAGUGGAAAUUAUAUUGCAACAAAUAAUUCAACACCUAUCAUAUCUAUAUGUAAUAGUCGAAAUAUAUCAGCAGAAAAUAAUUGUGUUGUCAAUAAUCAAACAAAAAUUACUGAAUAUUAUACAUUCGAUCAAGGUAGUCCAUGUUCAAUGAAUUUAAGUAGUUUGAUUAAUUUACUACCAUCAGCAUUUAAUUCAUCAUUUCCUCCACCUGUCAUUCCAAAACAAGUUUUUAAUCAACAUCAUUACUUUAUUAAAAAAUAA